GAAGCUAGAAAAUAUCCUGAUGGAUUUGUUGUCUUGGGUGUAUUAUUUCAAGGAGUUCCUGUAAGUAAUUCUAAGCACUUGAGUCUCUUUGUACAAAUGUAGUAUGCAAAGUUAAAUUUGAUAAUUUUAGGAAAGUGAAGGUCACAGGACAUUGAAUGAAUUAUUUACAGCUCUGGAAUCUAUAACUAUAUACAAUAGUACUGCCCAACUUAGAGGACCUAUUACCAUGGAAUCGUUUGUACCUGAUUUGAAUCCAAAUGAAUACUUUACAUAUAGAGGAUCUUUAACAACACCGCCUUGUUCUGAAGCAAUUAUAUGGUUUGUCUUUUCAGAUAUUCUACCAAUAUCAUAUCAAGAUCUUCGUAAAUUUUGGACUCUUCUUGAUGCUGAUGGAAAAAGGGUUGUUAAUAAUUUCAGACCAAUUCAACGUUCAAAUAGACCAGUUUUCCGACAGAAAAGUAGACUACAUUUCAAUACAUAAAACAUG